CUUGUUGAGGCCGCUUCCGCCGGAAAUGGGGAAGGGACCGCCGGGGUGGGAGCGUUAGAGGCGGAGGAGGUGUUUCCCCCCGGAGCGCGCGCGCCGCACUGACGCCGCGGGCGCCAUCUUUAGUGCUGGCAGAGACUUGCGGGCUGCCUCGCGAGCCUUCCCUUCUCGUCCCCGGCGCGCUCGCAGGAACCGAGUCCCAGCCCAGCCUGGCUGUGCAAUGAGACCCUGUUUCAGAAAAGCGACAAAACCAGCAACAAAAACCAUUAAAAACAACCCCCGGAACUCUCACUCCGUGGGUAGAGCUCACCCCUCGUGCAUACAGCCGCGGCGGGAGUUCGAAGCCCGUCUAGAGGUCGUGAGACCCUGGGCGGCCUUUGGGUCUCUGCUGUGCGGCUGUCAGCCCGUGUCUGCCCCUUUCUGAGCCACAGGAUAGAAUGAAUGGGAACUUGGGGUUCACAGGCACCCCCUCCCCCGGGCGCCCUGCCAGCAUGUUCUCAGCUUUGUUUCUGGGGAUAGCACAGAGCAUCACGGUCAGGUCCCCACGUUACACAGAGGGGCCCGGAGACGCAGAGAGAGAUGGGGAAGGGGAUACUGGGUCAGAAGCACCUCCUGUGAUCCCCUCCUGUGGCAGUCCAUCCUGACCCCUGUGCCUGCUGGUGGUCAGACGGGACCAGGCCACGGCGAUGGGGGCAGCAGUCCUUGGGGCUGCCCACAUGAGCAGGCUGGCCAACAGCAGUCCUCCCUCUCUGGGCUCAUCCCGUCCCCCUGGGCGGAUGCCCCCCCUUCCUGAUCAGGUGUCACCCCGACUCUGCUGCUGGCAGCUCGCACUUGGAGCGGGUAACCAGAGAGGCUGUGGUGCACGCAGUGCUCUGGCCUAGAGACGCCUCAGGUAGGGGGAUGAGACUGUGAGAGGCCAGGGAAGACGCUGCUCUGGGUCCCAAGGAAGGGGAUACUGUGUCAGGGGGUUGGGGAGGGGGCUGCUUGCGACACCCGAACACAUACAUGCACCUGCACACUCGUGACAGGUACACGGGACCCACCCGACAUGCGCGGACCUCGCUCAAUGUGCGGCCUCCUCCCUGAACCAUUGUGGGAACCCACAGGUCAGCGGACCUGUGCUGCCCCACCUCUUCCAGGAGGGAGACCCCUAAAUUCACAGGCCUUACCCACACGAUUCCAUCCUGACUGCCAACCUGAGUUUCCUGUUACCCUUGGGUGUGAUUGAACUUUAUAAUUGGGGGUGAGAAUGAGCUGUACACUGAGCUGUAGAGGAGAAAGGAAGGAUGGACAGAGACAGGACCAGAGUCCCCAGCUGGCUUGAUGAAGACCCUCCGGGCAAGGUUCAAGAAGACAGAGCUCCGGCUCAGCCCUACCGACCUCGGCUCCUGCCCGCCCUGUGGUCCAUGCCCUAUCCCGAAACCCGCAGCAAGAGGCAGGCGCCAGGGCCAAGACUGGGGCAAAAGUGACCAGCGCCUGCUCCAGGCCGUGGAGAACAACGAUGUGGCCAGAGUGGCCUCGUUGAUCACCCAUAAGGGGCUGGUGCCCACAAAACUGGACCCCGAGGGCAAGUCUGCGUUCCACUUAGCUGCCAUGAGGGGUGCAGCGGGCUGUCUGGAGGUGAUGCUGGCUCAAGGCGCAGACAUCAUGAGUACAGAUGGAGCAGGUUACAGUGCCCUUCACCUGGCAGCCAAGUAUGGGCACCCUGAGUGCCUGAAGCAACUCUUGGAGGCUUCCUGUGUGGUGGACAUCGAGGACAACAGUGGGUGGACAGCCCUUCAUCAUGCAGCGGCUGGUGGUUGUCUGUCCUGCUCACAGCUGCUCUGCUCUUUCAAGGCACACAUGAACCCCCGAGAUCGGUCGGGUGCCACGCCCCUCAUCAUAGCAGCUCAGAUGUGUCACACAGAUCUGUGCCACCUCCUUCUACAGCAGGGGGCUUCAGCAAAUGACCAGGAUCUGCAAGGCAGGACAGCCUUGAUGCUGGCAUGUGAGGGGGGCAGCCCCAAGACAGUUGAAGUGCUCCUGCAAGGUGGAGCCCAGCCGGGCAUUACUGAUGUGCUGGGCCAGGACGCCACUCACUAUGGAGCCCUGUCUGGGGACAAACUCAUCUUGCAGCUUCUCCAGGAGUCUGCACAGCACCCUUCACCUGCCAGUGCCUCUCUUGAGGAAGACUCCGGAGAGGCCUCGUCUCAGAACUCCAUGUCCAGCCAUGAAAAGCGAGGGGCCCCCAAGAAGCGGAAGGCACCCCAGCCUCCAGCCAGCACGCCUGUUCCGGACGAUCAGGACGCUUAUGAGGAGAUUGUGCGCCUGCGCCAAGAGAGAGGCCGACUCCUGCAGAAGAUCAGGGGCCUGGAACAGCACAAGGAACGGAGGAGAAGGGAGCCCCAGGAAGCAGAGGCCAGCUCAGUUCACAGCCUGGAGAGGCAGGUGCAGGAGCUGCAGCAGCUUCUGGUGGAAAAGGAGGAGGAGAAGGAGAGCGAGGAGAAGGAGAGCCUGGGCUGGGAGGUGGAGAGUCUGCAGAGCCGCCUGUCCCUGCUGGAGAAUGAGAGAGAGAACACCAGUUAUGAUGUAGCCACCCUGCAGGACGAGGAGGGUGAGUUGCCCGACUUCCCAGGAACUGAUGCACGUCCGCCGACAGAGGAGCUGGUGGCUUCCCUGCAGGAGCAGGUGGCUCAGCUCACCAGGCAAAACCAGGAGCUGCUGGAGAAGGUCCAGAUUCUUGAGGAGUUUGAGAAGGACGAGGUGCAGAUGGCGGAAGAUAGUCAGCCUGAGGUAGUUCCUCUGGUCUUGUAUGACCUCCUGCGGGCAGAGCUUGAACAGCUCCGGAGGCAGCACACAGAGGCCAUGCACACACUGCGGCAACAGCAGGAGGUGACCGGGGGUCACGGGGGAGAAGAGAUAGCACAAAACGAGAGGGAGGACAAGGGGACCUCCACCCAGAAUGGUCCCAGCGUCCCGGAGGUCAACGGCACCACGUAUCCAGAGACCACAGCAAAUGGCACCAAACUCCAAGCAGGAGGCUCCAUGGGCGUCGGGAACACAGAAGCGGUACUCAUAGAGUCUGAGGUUGCAGGUUCAGAGGCCACAGAGAAGGAUGGAGUGGCAGCCGAUGCCGUGGACACCAGAACCUCUGUGGUUCAGGCCCUAGACGUGAAAACCGUAGGUGACAAUGCUGAAAGUAAGCUGCUGGCGGCGGAAGCCACAGGAGGGAAAGAGAAUCCAGGCAUGGAGGCUGACGGAGAGCGUGUGGUGCAGGAGGGGCUCCCGGGUGCAGGGAUUAGAGACGUGGAGGCCACAACAGUGAGGGCCACAGACUUGCGGGAUACCGGAAUUCAGACCACAGGAGCAGAGGCCACGGCAGUGAAGCACACGGGAGUGCAGGCGACAGUGGCAGAGGUCAUAGGAGUGAAGGUCAUAGGAGUGCAGGCCACAGAGACUGGGGCCACCAUGACAGAGGGUCAGGGAGGCCAGGCCACGGGGGGGGAGCCCACCACCCUGGAAUCCACGGCAGCAGAGGCCACGGGGGCGCAGGCCACCGCCCUGGAAUCCACGGCAGCAGAGGCCACGGGGGCGCAGGCCACCGCCCUGGAAUCCACGGCAGCAGAGGCCACGGGGGCGCAGGCCACCGCCCUGGAAUCCACGGCAGCAGAGGCCACGGGGGCGCAGGCCACCGCCCUGGAAUCCACGGCAGCAGAGGCCACGGGGGCGCAGGCCACCGCCCUGGAAUCCACGGCAGCAGAGGCCACGGGGGCGCAGGCCACCGCCCUGGAAUCCACGGCAGCAGAGGCCACGGGGGCGCAGGCCACCGCCCUGGAAUCCACGGCAGCAGAGGCCACGGGGGCGCAGGCCACCGCCCUGGAAUCCACGGCAGCAGAGGCCACGGGGGCGCAGGCCACCGCCCUGGAAUCCACGGCAGCAGAGGCCACGGGGGCGCAGGCCACCGCCCUGGAAUCCACGGCAGCAGAGGCCACGGGGGCGCAGGCCACCGCCCUGGAAUCCACGGCAGCAGAGGCCACGGGGGCGCAGGCCACCGCCCUGGAAUCCACGGCAGCAGAGGCCACGGGGGCGCAGGCCACCGCCCUGGAAUCCACGGCAGCAGAGGCCACGGGGGCGCAGGCCACCGCCCUGGAAUCCACGGCAGCAGAGGCCACGGGGGCGCAGGCCACCGCCCUGGAAUCCACGGCAGCAGAGGCCACGGGGGCGCAGGCCACCGCCCUGGAAUCCACGGCAGCCCUCACGAACAGAGGCUGCCUGUCCAGGGCCACACACCUAGUAGCCAGAGGUGCACGGCUGGACCAGAAUGCCCCUGGGGUCGGGUGGGAGUCCAGAACCAUCCUGGAGGUGGAAAAGCUAUCAGCCCUGUGGGAGGGUGGGGAGAACCCCUGGAUCCAAGCUUCUUUGGGUCUAAGUGUCCCGAGAGUCACGUGUGGACUUGGGCCACAGGUGCAGCGUGAGGCAUUGUUUAUGAAGAGCGAGAGGCACGCGGCCGAGGCCCAGCUGGCCACGGCUGAGCAGCAGCUCCGAGGGCUUCGUACAGAGGCCGAGAGGGCACGCCAGGCCCAGAGCCGUGCCCAGGAGGCCCUGGACAAGGCCAAGGAGAAGGACAAGAAGAUCACAGAGCUGUCCAAAGAAGUCUUCACACUGAAGGAGUCUCUGAAGGCGCAGCAGGCAGCCCCUGCCAGCUCCAAGGAGGAGGAGGCCCUGCGAGGCCAGGUGACAGCCUUGCAGCAGCGAAUGGAGGAGAAGGCCCGGGAGCAUGGUGCUGUGGUGGCUUUAUACCGCUCUCAUCUCCUGUGUGCCAUUCAGGGACAGAUGGAUGAGGACGUCCAGUGCAUUCUCAGCCAGAUCCUGCAGAUGCAGCGGCUGCAGGCUCAGGGCCGCUGAGGACACAGCUCAGUUGUUCAGCCUCCACUCCUCACCUCUGCAAGCUGAAGCCUCAGAGACCACCUUCUCCAUCCCCCAGUGUGAUGAAUGGGAGACCAGCCUGGGACCUUACCAAUGGCUCCCAGCGCUCCCCAUCAGAUACUUUACAACUCCCAAUAUACCACCUACAUCACAGCCCUCCACCUAGAAGUAUAAGCUUACUGUAAGAGGGAGACAGAACCAGUGUAAGGGCAGGGGCCUCAGAAGAUAGUCUGAUAUUCUAAACCCAAAACACAGUUACAGCAAUAAACAGUGCAAUGCAAUAUUUAAAGAAAGCAGGGAAUAGUUGUGGUUCAGGGGUAAAGUCCCCGCCUAGAAUCCCCAGGUGAGGGGCUCAGAGCAUGGUCAGGGCGGACCCCCUGCCUAGAAUUUCCUGGUGAGUGGCUGGGGGCGUGGUCAGGGUGGAUCUCUGCCAUCACUCUACAGGCAGUGAGACCUGGGACAAUGAAGCUGAAUUAAAACCUAAUGCAACAGCCAACUUUAUUCAGAGCCCCUGAUGGUAUAAUGUCUGAGGGUUAAGAGAGGUCACAUGAGGACAGUCAAGGUUACACAAAGAAAGCUGUCUCCAAAAACUUACAA